AUGGAAAAACAAUGGAAAUAUGACAAAUCUAUUGGAAAUAUUUUUGAAAAUACAGUUGAUAGACAUCCUGAGAAGGAUUGUAUAGUAGAAGCUGAAAGUGGGAGAAAAAUUUCGUUUAAAGAAUUAAAUGAAUUGGCUAAUAAAUUUGGGAAUUAUUUCAAUGAGAAGUUAGUUGAUGAUAAUUCUUUGAAUAAUUCGACGGAUACAAUUGGUAUUUUGUUGGAAAAUCGUAUAGAAUUUGUAGCUAUAUGGCUUGGUUUGAGUAAAAUUGGAGUAAUUACUAGUUGGAUUAACACACAAUUGCGAGGACAAUCUCUGUCUCAUUCAAUUAAUAUAGUUAAUUGUAAUGCGAUUAUAACUUCGAAAAUAUUUGUUGAAGGUUAUAUCUGA